GUAAGUCAAGUAUUGAUAUUUUACAGCGUAAUGUAUAAAAGGAAGAGCGACAUAUAACGUUUGUUCAUUAGAUUUAUUUCAAACAAUACGAAAAGUGCCAAUUGGAUUUAUUUAUACCAACAUGAAAGGAUAUGGAAUCGUAUUCUGCCUCGGGUUGCAUCUACAAUUUGGAUAUUUUGAGCUCUCACUUGGACAAGUUACUCUCAACUUGAAAGGCAAUACGCAAUUAGCAACAAGUUUCGGAUGUAAAAUGGCUGGAAAUGUUGGAUUAUUCAGUGGAUAUGAAGUUAUGUUAGCGACGUACGAGGCUCGGGAACGAAGGGAGGAAUUCGUUGUUACGAAAAAAAAGUCAAUGGCUAUGACAGAAAAAAUGGCAGCUGAUCUUGCAAAAAUGCUGAGGAAAAAGCAGAGAGCUGUAAAACGUCUUGUUGAUGUUCUGGAGAAUGAAAGUGAAACGUUCGAUUGGGAUUCUGACUCGGUAGAAGUUCCGUACAAUAACGUUGAGUUUUUAAACAAAGAUGAACAAGACUUGAUUGACGAUGAUAAAACCGAAUACGAAGUUCAGAGAAGAUAUUUGAAUCUUGUAAAAGAUGCGAAAUUCUCGAACCGACCAAUCAAUCUAAACGAGUCAGUCGUUCAAGUACCUUUUGAUGUUUACAGCAAAGGAAUCGACGUUGUUAGGGGAGUAUCUUGGUCGAAAGCUCUCGAUGAAAAGUUCCGUGCAAACGCAAAGCAAGACCCGACUUUGAAAUGGCAAUACUUUGGAUCUACUGAAGGGUUUUUACGGGUUUAUCCUGGUUAUCAAUGGAAGAUGGAGACACAAUUUGAACGACCAAAUAUAUACGAUUGCAGAAAUCGAAACUGGUACACCGAAGCGGCAACGUAUCCUAAAGACAUGAUAAUCCUAGUCGAUGGCAGUGGAAGUAUGAUGGGACUGAAAAUGUCGAUCGCCGCCCACGUCGUGAAAACACUUCUUGAAACCCUCGGUGACAAUGAUUUUUUCAAUGUGCUAACUUACAGUGACGAAGUCAGAUAUGUUGAAUCCUGCUUCGAAGGGACAUUGGUGAGAGCGGACUCCGGAAAUAAAGCGAGAAUGUUGGAGUCGUUAAGGCACAGUAACACAUCAAAUGUAGCGGAUCUUAGCAAAGCACUCAAUGAAUCAUUCAAUCUGUUGCUGGAUUUUCAUUCGUCGGGAUCUGGUAGCGAUUGUUACUCGUCGAUUAUGAUAAUCACAGACGGUGCAACGGAUAGCUACCAAGAAGUUAUGGAUACAUACAUGAAUAUGACAAAGAGACAGAUUCGAAUAUUUUCUUAUUUGAUCGGAGCCGACAAGGCGUACCUGAAGCCAGUACGAGAUAUUGCGUGCAAUAAUCAUGGAUAUUUUCAUCAGGUGGAAAGCAGGAAUGACGUAUCGGAAAAAGUUCUGAAAUAUUUAACAGUAAUGAAUCGUCCUCAAGCUAUCAAAGGAGAUCAUCAUACGAUAUGGACAAAACCAUACUAUGAUACAACAUAUUUAGACAGGGGAUUUGGAAUGGUUUCUACGGUGGCUACGCCAGUGUAUUUGCACAGCUUUUGGAAGAAACCCAAGAUGCUUGGCGUUGCAGCAACAGAUGUCCCGGUGUCAUUGAUGCUGGAUUCAAUCACGAUCCAUAGGGCUGGAGUAAACUCGUACGUCUUCCUAAUAACAAACAAUGGAUACGUAGUCGCCCAUCCACGAUUAAAAACAUUUUACACAACUAAGCAUUAUGAGAUUAAAGUGAAACCAAACUACAACAGCAUUGACAUCGAUGACUUGGAAGGUUCAGCAGUGAAUGAAACAAUUCGUAACCACUUACUUGCCAGAUUAAAAGGUAGCACAGAUGAAAAACCAGUGGUGGUGCCGAUGGAUAAUUGGACCCGUGCUUCACAAAUUACCGGUACAUACUACUACGCACCUGUAGCAAACACUCCUUUUUCACUUGGCAUGUUCGUGCCCAUUGGAUAUGGUGAAUUGACCAUUGAUUAUCCCAGAAGUUUGAAGGCUAAAAGAAGUGGUCCUACAUAUUCUGAACUGGAAUGUGAUCAGGUAAACGGACAUUUGAUGGAUAACUAUAGAUCGAGAGAAAUGCCGAGCAAAAAUUCAGCAAUAUGUUCGUUAAAUUCCAGCGAUGUCACAGUAUCUGAACAGUGGAAAUAUUGUAUAACAAAAGAUGGAUCCGUUAUGAUAUCAUCAAAUGGACAAGAAAUGACGCAACUGGAUAUGAUUAAAUUAUUUUUUUCUGAAAAAGAUGAGAAUAUUGAUUGUGACACUGAACUACUCACCAACGUGUUAUUCGACGUUCUAUCCACAUCAGCUAUGACGCCUAUAUGGAAAGAACAUUCAGAUUACAGGAAUACUACGAGUGAAGGGAUUGUAUUGGCUUUUAUCAUGACGAAGAGUGGAAUAUCCCGAAAAUAUUGGCAUAGAGAUUCUAGUCUUGGAUAUGAUGAUCUCAAAGAAACAUUAAAUGGAUUUGAUCGUCAAACCUUCCCAUCGUUUUACCGUCGAGCAGCUGCUUAUCCGGAGAGAGAUGUUUGGAUAUAUUCAUUUAUCAAUAGUGAGCCAAAAAAGCGACCUAGGCUUUUGCUAGUGACGCAAGCAUUAAGAAGAAGUGGGUUUGUGCAUGGCGUUAUCGGCGUUAUUCUGGAGAGUAGACGAUUCACUGAGAAAUUCUGGACUGAGGUACCAUCAUCUACUGGAAGUGAUUGCUCUCAGAAUCCAGAAAGCAAAUUUUCCUGUUAUGUGAUAGAUGAAAACGGACUCGUUGUUUUAUCAAGUUUGGAUCCUGUGAAUGACGUCGGAAAGCAAAUUGGUCUAUUAGAUGGCCAAGUCACAAGGCAUCUUUUAGAAAACAAUGUGUUUGCGAUCACGAAUUUGUAUGAUCACGGGACAAUUUGUCAAGUAACAGAACCUUCUGAAAGUUUGGGAGGAAGUGCCGUCUCUUCUUAUCUAACAAAUCCUUUCAGAUCAGUUGCUUCUUAUGCUACAUUUUGGACAAAAGAAGUAUCACUACUCCUGGCAAAACUUGUUGUUUGGAACCUCUGGAAUCUGAUUUUUAACUCAGCAACAACCGAAGCAACGUUCUCCACAUUUGUCGAAAAUAAAGAUCAUUACAAAGUGUGCGAUAUGAAAUACGAACUUCUUACGGUGAACAACAAUGCGAUGCCUUACGAUAAUGUUACCUACUGUGCUGAUGACUGUCAAAGGCAAAUCGGCAUUCAGAGAAUCAAUCAGAGCAAUUUAUAUCUUCUAGUUGUUGAAAAAGGUCUACGUUGCGAUUGUUCGAAUCAAACUUAUACUUUUAAAUUGAAGAAAGAAGACAUAUAUUAUCCCGGAGGUGAAAUAUGUCAGAGAUUACGGACACAUAAAUUAGGAAGAAAGGUUGACGGAUGUGAUGUUCAUCAUAAAAAUAAAAGACUCGGUGAUUUCAGUUCCUUGGAAUGCGAGCGUAGUGCCGGAUCCUCAUUGCACCGAACAAGAUGGACAAAGUUUGAAAAACGCAAAAAUAAACAAUCUUCUACGAUAUCAUAUUCGUACUUGACUUUGAGCAUUUCAUGGUUUAUACCCUACAUAUUGUUUAGUAUUUUAAAUUUAUCAGAUUCUAUUCAUUUGUCGCCCUUUGUGUGACUUUGUCAUAUAGGCUAUACCGGUUUUAUGAAAGAACGUCUAUGAAGCAAACCAGCCAAAAGAUAUUGUUGAAUGGUAUGGAUUUUGAUAUGGUAUGAAGCACAUGGGAACAGUGCUAUCGAAAGUCCACAAUCCUCCAACAACAAAUAAUAUGUUUAUUUAUUCGAGAAAAUAAUUUAUCAUUUUUCAGCACGAAGUGUAAACUUCCGAUAACCAAACACCAUGUCAUUUAAAGAUGAGAGUUAAUCAAAAAUUCAUCAAAAUAUUUUCUAUGCAAUUUUAUUUUUCGUGCUUAAUUUAUUGUAUGUUAAAUGUUUAUUAUAACAUAAUAAGAUCGUAUUUUUAUGUUUCACAAUGAGACGAUAAUUUGUUA